UUACUACGGCUGACAAUCUGAGCAUUGCUGCCGGGUAAAACCAACAAACAACACACGACUGCAAAUCAAUUAAAAACCUUCGAAUAAGACAAACAGGAGGAACAACAAAAACUCGGCCCAAAUUUGUUUAAAACAAAUGGCGCACACACACGCUGCGUCUGAGGCUGCGGCUGCUGCCACAGAUGAUGGCGACUCUCAGCUGCUUCUCCCUCUGAGCCUAGAGAUGGCUGCUGGCCCUAAUCACUGGCAAACAAAAGUCAAAUCAAAAGAGAAGCCAGGCAAGCAGCAAAGAUUUUCAACCACAACGCGCGGCACAGCAGGGAAAGUGCAUGAGGUACAGAGGAGAGGGGAGGAAGGUUGUAGGAGGAAGAAGAGAAGCGCAGCAGCUAACAAGCAAAACGUCAACGGCGAAAACGACGACGACCACGAUGACGACGACGACAUCGUUGCAAGCGACUUCCAAUUAUUUUUUAUAUUUUUGCAGCAACAAAAGCAGCUGCAGCAGCUGGACGCAAGAGGAGAAAGGGAGAGAAGGAGAUGGGGUGAAAGAAGGGGGGCCACAAAAGUGGAUUAUGUGGCUGCUGUCGUAUUUUUCCCGUGCUCUGUGAGAGGCGUGCGUGAAAAGUGGGCGCGGCCCGCACUCAAUAACUUGGCUGACGUUUCUCCCCCAUUCUUUUCUCUGUUUUUUUUUUCUAUUUGCUCUUCUCUUGCUGCACUUUUGAUUGUUGGUUCCCACAGCAACAGCAGCAACAGCAACAACUACUGCAAUAUCAUCGUGCUCUAA